GCUCCUGUCAGGCCGGAUUCUAAAAUAUCACUUGAAAUUCGUACUAAAUCUGUAGAGCAGACGCUUGUACCUCUUGUGACCCAGAUUACGACACUCGUGAACCACCGGGAUAAUGCAAUUAAAUCGGAGAAAACUCUCAAGGCGUUGAUACGCGUCGGACAGGCCGUAAAUCUUGCCAUUGAACGAUUCGUCUCCGUUGGAGAGGCGAUUGCUGAAGAAAAUGAAGAAAUCCGGAUGGACAUGUGCGAGGCUUGUCGGGAGGCACGGAUUGCGGGACAAAAUAUCCAGGUCCUCACCGACGUGAAGCUUGAUGCGACGGGGCAGGUGAAGGGAGCAGAGAAGACAGCUAUGGUGCGGGCGGCACGGAUAUUAUUGUCGGCGGUUACGAAGGUGCUAUUGUUGGCGGAUCGGGUUGUUGUAAAACAGUUACUCAUCGCCAAGGAAAAGGUUGCGAAAAGUUUAAAUCUUAUAGAAAGAGUGGCCACGUUUACAGAUUUUGUGAAGGCAUUUAGUCAGUUUGGAAAUGAGAUGGUGGACCUUGCCCACUUAACGGGAGACAGACAAAAUGAUUUAAAAAGUGAUAAGCAGCGUGCCGAGAUGGGUGCGGCUCGAGCGGUUCUUGAGAAAAACACUGUGAUGUUAUUGACAUCAUGUAAGUGUCAGCUUCGACAUCCAGAGUGCGAGGCGGCAAAACGCAACCGUGAUAGCGUAUUCACGCAGAUGCGGUACGCCAUGGACCUGGUACAUCAUGUCGUAACAGACACAGCACCUAUCAGCAACGACAUCUCACCGACACUGACAGCUGUGAACGGGGACUCGGGCAUCGGUCUAGCACACUCUCAUACCACUGUCAGUAAAUGCCUGAAGGAUUUUGAUGAUUUAGUGGAGGUAACAAGAAUGACAAUGGUGGGGCCUCACACUCAAGGGAAACUAACUAGUGCCUUAGAGCUGCUCAUCGAAGCGACUCAAGACUUCACAGACUCUGCCUACACGUCACAUGACCACCGAGAACGAAUAUUGACGCUAUGUGAAAAAUUACGGGAAGAACUGAAUACUCUAUUACGGAUAGGAACAAAUUUAGAUCAGAAGGAUAUAAACAUACCUAGUCAAGAUUUAGAAACUGCCAUCUUAAAAACAGUAGACGCUUCCAAAAUGUUGAAGAAGCAGCUUCAAGAGACGGCAAUGGAUCAGGCAUCUGACGUGUUCAAAACCAACGAGGAUCAUGAUAUACUGAUGGCCUUAAAAACGGCGGGAUUGAACGGUGAAGUGGACCGUGUGAACGAGAUUACCGUUAAAUUUGAGGAGCAUUCUGAACAACUGCAAGAGGUUGCCAAGCUUCUCCGACAUAUAGCAACGACUGGCCCCCUUGUGAUAACUGCUGAACAUGUAGAAAAUAGCUUAAAAGCGUUAUGUCCUCAAACAAUAUAUGCAGCGAAGGCGUUUGCCCAAAACGGAGGGAGUAAAAUCGCCAAGGAAAACUUUGAUGUAUUCUGCGAUAAUUGGGAAAGCCAGAUUAACGAGCUCUCCAUCCUUGUGAAGGAUAUAAACGACAUCAACCAGGGCAAGAAUGAAAAGAACGUCUACAUGAGUUUACCGAGACCUGGGCGUCAUGGUGCUUUGGCGAAGUCGAUUAAGCCGAUCCGUGGUCUCGAUGUUGAGUGGAAGGAUUGGUCCGCGCUGUCAAAGGGAGUCAUUGAUUGGGAGCAAGCAAAAAUCGCAAAACUGGGGUUGGAGAUGAAACUCAUCACCUCGGAAAUGGACGCCGAAACAGAAAAGUGGGAAGAGCACAACAAUGACAUCGUCAAACGUGCGAAGAAUAUGUCGAGUAUGGCCUUCUCGAUGUACUUGUUCACGCGUGGCGAGGGGCCGCUAAAGACAACACAGGAUUUGUUCACACAGGCAGAGUACUUUGCGGAGGAGGGGACCAAACUGUUCAGGACGGUCAAGGAGUUUGCACAAAGGGUGCCACCUGGGACAUUGAAGACCGAGUUGAUGACAUACCUUGAUAAGAUCCCCGCCUACUGUCAGCAUCUGCAGUUCACCCUCAAGUCACCCACAUUUGGGAAGACGGCCACGUUUAAUAAGGUCGACAGUGCGAUCCAGGAGACGAAAAACCUAAUGAAUGCCAUCGCCAAGGUGGUCACGACGUGCUUUAUAUGUGCUACAAAGUAUAACAUUGAUUACCGAAGCAGUAGCGGAGUUCAACAAAAAUGGCGGCCGGUGGAAAAUCGACCAACAGGAAGUCCGUCAAGUUCGUUGAGCGAUUCGCCAUCACGAUCUGAUCACUCGGAUAAUAUUCGGCGGAGCACUUCAUUAGGGCGGAACAUCACAGGGCUUAGCAGUGUGAAUACAUUCGAGAAGCCACUAUGAGCAAGAGCCCAUUGUAGUCAUUGUAGUAUUCUGUCUUAUGCAUUUACAGGUAAACUCAUAGAUUCCUGUUCGACUAGGACUCCUUAAAGUUUGAAAUGUACUCUGGCAUGAUAUAAAAAUGGGAUUUUUCUACCUCGAAUUAUUAUCAAAUCUUUAUGGUGCGGUCGUUUACAUUGAAAAUAUGAUUAAUUUCUCCAUCUUGGUUUAGUGUGUUCCAGGGUUUGCCAUUCACACAGAGCUGAUUGCUGAUUUGUCAGUAACCCUGGAGUGACUGCUAGGCCUGUGAGCAUCAGUGAGGGUGGAGUCAGUUACCAAGAAGUAUGAGCUGAGGUGAAAUAAAGAUCUAAAGCUGAUGCUAACAAUUACCAUUCCCGCAAUCGGCAGUGUCUUUUAUUUCUAUCCUUGCUCUUGGUACCCCAAUUCAGCCUCAACCAUAAAAUCAUGGCAAUGUCUAUAUCAGUACUUGCACUCUGCUUCCAAGACAGAAAAGCACAAAACUACUGUAAACAGGCAAAUUAUUGCUCCACUUUAUUAAUUGCGGAAUUUCCCCCCCCCCAAAACAAACAAUUCAUAAUUUUUAUUUUGGCAGAUUACGAAAUUUCUUUAAGUUUUUAUAAUCAAAAAAUAUUUUUCCCUCAAGAAACAAGUUCUCUCGUAAAAUCCGCGAAAAUUAAAUGCCCGGAAGAGUUUGGCGGUAACAGUAAUCUCAUCGACCUCAGCCAUAGCUUGAAAGCCAAGGAAAAAGGUUUUGGAGAGUGGUAAAUGCAACUCUCAACAUGUGUCUUGUAUGCCCCCUCGAGUGUAUGAGGCACUUAAUUACAGCAUGACCUUGUGGUAAAGCUACAAAAACAGGAUCCACAAGUUAUUACCCCUCAAGUCAUGUCAACACGUAUGAUCACAUUUCAAGUUAUGUUCAUCAAGAUAGCGACACAGUACAAGUUAUAGGGCCAAAAGAUAUCGACAUCCUAUCAUAACUGUUCUGUACCCUGCAUCAAUAUUGUCACAGUAAUUGACAAGUCACCGCAAAGAUUAAACAUUCUUGUGGUGUCACUGUAUGUGACAUUAGAGGAAGGAGGGGCAGUGCGAGACACGCAUUGAAACUUGCAUAGAUGGUUUUGUGUGAGAGAACACAUGUUCAGGUGCAGUCUUUCACAAUCAACUACCUUGGAUUUUCUCUACACUACCUGUCUUAAUUCAUGACUCCUGUUGAGCACACCAUGACUCUUACGUCUGUCAACCACAGGCACAUAAAAGUCUCAGCAAAUUUGGCUAUUCAUAUUAAUUUCUAAUGAAUUGGGGAUGAAUUCUUGCCAGUUCUAGAUGAAACCACUUUGUAAUCAUUUUCAGUGUCUUCUAUAAUUGUUGGAGAAGAAAUUUACAACCAGGUUAUCUGGAUUCUUGCAUCUUUAUACAAUGUUGCCAUUAUAUGUGUAUGCAUGUUGGUUCAGUGUGCUCUUGUUAUCGGCAAAGUGUCUAUAUUGGCCACCAAUAUACAUCCAAGUAUUGGUAGUAUAAGUAUGAUUGGGUGGUGCCGCUGCAUAAAAACAAAACCAUGCUCGAGUUGGCCCAUCUGGUCCGACUUCAAAUAUGUAUUGUCAUCAUUAUUAUCCUUUCUACAUUUGGGUUUGCGGUUCAGGUGGUAUGGGUGGCUCGGCGGCAAAAAACUUUCAAAAAAGCAAAUCUGGAUAUGGCCAACUUGGCCCGAAUCGAAAUGUGUGUGUUGUUGUCAAUUAUUAUCCUGGUUCUGGUUCUGGUUACUCAAUUUGCAGUCCUCCUUUUCACAAUCCAUCCUUUUGGGAGGGCCUUCAUUCACUAAAUGUGACCCACCACGGCAAAUUGAGUCGCAUGUCGCACAGAAGAUGAGCCUAAAAUGACACCUGGACAUAAUAGAAGAAA